ACACUUUGUAUGGCAAGUGGAACCACUGGCUUGGUGGAUUUUGCUAGAUUUUUCUGAUUUUUAAACUCCUGAAAAAUAUACCAGAUAACUGUCAUGAAGCUGGUAACUAUCUUCCUGCUGGUGACCAUCGGCCUUUGUAGUUACUCUGCUACUGCCUUCCUCUUCAACAACGCGCCCCUUCCUGAUGACAAGUUGGUACCUUUACCUCUGGACAACAUUCCUCACCUUAUGGAUCCAUUAAAGCUUCUUCUGAAAACUCUGGGCAUUUCUGUUGAGCACCUUCUGGAGGGGCUAAAGAAGUGUGUGAAUGAGCUGGGACCAGAGGCUUCUGAAGCUGUGAAGAAACUGCUGGAGGCGCUAUCACACUUGGUGUGAUGUCAAGAUAAAGAAAGAGCAGAGGUGGAUGGGGAUGGAGGAUGAUGCUCCUAUCUUCCCUGGCUGAAAUGCAUUCUACCAAUUAUAGACUAAAUGCCCUAAAAUGUAGUGACCUGUGAAAAGGACAAAUAAAGCAAUGAAUAGAU